GUUAUUAUAUGGAUAACUUAUAUCGUUAUUCGUGAUGACUUUUAUGGUCAAACCAUAUUAUUAUUGACAUUGGAAUUCUGUGAGCCUCAAGAUGGCGGCGACGACGAGUUCCUUGAGUGUCCGCUUGCAGGCAGCCCUGAACCAGCCUCAGGUGGCCACCCGGUGUGAAGAGGUGGCACGGAUACUUUCUGAGGCCACCACCAAGGAUGCCGGCUACAUCCUCAGGGCCACGGUGGAAAGCAUCCUUGUACAGGCCCCUCCUACCACAAUCCAGGGGUGCAUAGGCUGGGGACUGAGGGUCAUCACACGCUCGGCUCAGCCUCGUGAGUUUGAGCAGCUGCGGGCGUUCCUUGGACCCAAUGGCCCCCUCCUGGCACUCAUCUUCCGGCUGGCCAGUGACCCAUACAUGGUGUUUGAGUUCCCCGUGGCCUGGCUACCAGCCAAGUCCCGCCUGGAGAUAGAGGAAGGUUCACCGAGUGCAUUCUACGUCAACAAGGUUCAGUACCCUGGCCCGGGCAAGGUGCCGUUCAACAUCCUGCUGAACGCCUUUGAAUAUUACCUGUUCCACUUUGCACACUUCCUGGUGGGUGGCAGCAGCAGCAGCAGCAGUGGGAGCAGCAGUGGAAUGGGCCAGCGGUGGACCCUGACCUGGUCUACGGCUGGUGAUGCACUCUACCCAACACUGCUAGAAGAAUAUUUGACAGCCUUCCUCCCCUGUGAUGGCUCUCUGCCCCCUGGUCCCCCCAGUCCACCUGUGUCCCCAAGGGGUGUGUUGGCUGCUAGGCCAGGCUGUGCAGGGUCCCCCAACAUGUACAUGAGUGGCCUGGCUGCAUCCCCCAUCACCCCCCGGCCUCUCCACCACCUGGGCCAGUCUCCCCAUAAUAUCUCGGAGGCACUGGGAGGGGUGGGAGAGACGAUGGGUGCAGCACCUCACACCUCCUCCCCUCUACAUGUGCACCACCACUCUGCUGCCAUUGCUGCUGCCACUGGUGCAGCUUCUCCUCAUGGAGUGAAUCAGCCAAGCCUCAGUGUGUGGACCAGUCAGGUGUUAGUUCAGGUAUUAAUUGAAAUGUGGGUGAACCAGUGUGUGCCACCCAGUGCCACAUCUCGCACUUCAGCGGCAACAAGACCCAGCCACCACCCUCACCACCUGGCUGCCUCCACGAGCGCUGCUUCACAGUAUGCUCUGGUACAAGUUGGCGUUGCUGGCAGCGUAAGUGCCUUUUCAGAACACACACCACUUGAGUAUCGUCCGUUUUGGCAGACAGGGGCAUCUGAGGUGUUUGUGCCAUCAAGUGACCACGUGCGUGUUGUAAGGAUGCUGAUCAAACACCUGCACUUCUUUGCCAACAGUGGCAAGGCAGCGCAACCCUCACCCCUUGACUCAUUACGCAAGAACCUGUGGAACUUGUACCGUAAGAGUCUGUACCAGUUUUUUGUUCACACAUUCAAGCAUUGGCCUCUUGAUUCUUCUUUCCGGUUAUUGCUAGAAACCUGGCUGUCCUACAUCCAGCCCUGGAGAUACUGCGACUACCCACCUUGUGCCAGAAGCCCCACCAGCACCCAGUCCACCACCAACACAACAGAUGGUGAAAGUCGCACAGUAGAAGGAAGGUGGCAGGGAUUUGUGGCAGAGAAUCUUCUCUUUUAUUCUCUCCUUUUCCAUCACCUUCUCCUUCGUCUGUUUCGCUUGGAUCUCUCAGCCCCAAGGAAUGCACAGAUUCUCUUCCGUGUGACAAAGGUUUUCUCACAACCAAAUUUGUGCCGAUACAUCCAAGAAAUUGAAUCAGCACUAGAGGAUCCACACCUGAUCCACCGAUCUCUACUCAGUCCCACUUCUACUGCACCCACUCUGAGCCACAAAGGUUUUGGCCCAGGAAGGGUAGGAGGGGAUGCACGCUCACAGGCAUCUCUUGCCCGUAGCCACUGUGUGGAGAUGGAAGGACCUGGCCAUUCCUACAUACCAAUGUUUGCUGCACCAAAUGUAUCCUUGGUUGACUCUCUCAUGAAACAUGUGCGGUCGGCAUAUGAAGCUGUCUACUCUGAACAGCAGCAGCAACAGCAGCAACAACUAAUGCAGCAGCAGUCCACCUUCUACAGCAGUGGAGUGGGCCCUAAGACAGGAUGGUGGAGUAGCUUUGUUCGGUCACUGUUUGAGUCAUCAGUCACAUUAGAGGAAGAGUCCAGUGCUGAAGACGUGAGGAAAACCAUUGUACACUUGGAAAUGGGUCAGCGGCAUCUGUCUGCCAUGUUUGGGAUUUCCUGCCCUCACGAAGUGAAUUAUGGCAGUGGCAGUGGUAAUCACUUAGCAAGAAGUCACUUCGAUGCCUCGUCCCAUCACCACCUCUACCAUAGUCAGAAUCAACAGCUGGAUUCCUCCUGUGUUCCAGAGCAUGAGGAGACCUCAGAGGGACCUAUGCUAACAGCAUAUGGUCAGCAUCAGCUACGCUGUGGUCUUCGUCGCCGUGACCUCAAGUAUGAGGGUGACCCAGACCUGCGUCCCAUUGGCAGCAUGGAAGUGGCAUUCCUGGUGCGAUGGCUCUAUGCUUUGUGUCUCAUCCUCAAUAGCAAGCACGGAGACAAAAUGAUGACAGUGUACCAUCGCCAAGAUCUGAUUGGUUGGGUGGCACGCCAUGUACUGCAAGGUCCUGAAACAAUAUUUGAGUAUCAUAAGGACUCUCCUGAUGCUCCUGCUUUUCGGAAAGGGCGCCAUUUGCCUCCCAGACUCAGCCUACGUGCACAAGCCAGCAAGAGGAUUCUCAGUUAUGAGUUGGCAAUGGGACUGGUUCUCCACUUGUUUGGUCUGUGGGGUUUGCUGCUGAAGUUGGUUAUUGGUGCAGCUGUCCUCAUCUCCUUGCCUGCGUAUUUGGUGCAUCGUUACCUGCAGACCCGCCAUACCUCCACCACUGCCAUUACUACCAGUGGUCCUGCUACUGCUACUUCAUUAGUCAAUACCAUGCUGUCAUCUCCUGCACUUUGAACAUUUUAAUCAUUGAUUUUAUUUUGCUAAUAUGCAGUCAAUUCAUGUAAAUAAAAAUGUUUAGUCAAAUAAUGGUGAUAACAGUAAGUAAUGUAAUGUAAGUAGUAUGUCAGUCACAUUCACAUUUUGACUUGAACAUCCCAGGUUUUAGUGAGAGAAUCUUUGUCUUUCAUUAUUGCUCUUGGUUGUAUUUUAUAUAUCCAUUGAAUUUUUCAGUAAACACUGUGGGAUGUCUUUUCUUCAGAGAAUUUGACCAUUAGAUUUCAUCAUAGUCAUGCAGUUUUUUUUUUCUCCCCGAGCAUGACAGAAGGGUCCCCUCUCACCUUAUUUAUUGAGUUAGCUCACAUUUUGUAGAACAAGGAUGUCAAUACUUCAUGAGGAUUACUGAUUUUUCUCCAUUUAUCUCAGGUUGACAAACACCUAUAAAGAGAAGCACCCAAAGCAAGGCACCUGCAUCAGCAUUCAUGGAGAAUUAAAGUUCCAUAUUUCUUUAUGCCUUGUUGCAUGAAAACAACUAACAUGCUAAGAAGGAGUCCCAUGCUGUAUCACUUUCACUUGCUUUUCAUAACAACAUGCUUGAAGCUUGUUUUGUCUGAUUUUAUUUAUAUCUUGCUUUUUUGUUUGUUUCUUGCAUUAAUUUAUUGUAUUUAAGCUAAAGCUUUAUAUUUAAAAAGGACAGUAUUGGCACACUGUCACUUUUUUUCUCUUUUUUUUGUGCUAUGAAAAGUAAUUAAAUGGAAUGAAAUGAGGAAACUGAAGAGUGGGGAUUCCUUUCUCUGUAUUUUGCUUUCUACAAUGGCACAAGGCAUAAGUCUCAUCUUGGCUCUCUUGCUUUUAGGGAUGAUGUCAGCCUGGUGUAUGGAUCACUUGCUUUCUUAAAAUCUAACUUGCCUUUAGUAAAGGUUAGGGAUUUUGGAUUCUUGAUAUGCAUAAGCAUAAGUAUCAUUGGAAGUUGCCAUUUAUUUUUCAUAUUCAUCAUCUGUGUAUGAAAACUUCUUUCUUAAUGGGAACAUUUCCACAAAUACAUUGAGACAUCACCAUUUUUUGUUGUACUGUAUGAAGAGAUUCUGUGUAAAAUGUUACCAAUGUGAUAUAUUUAUUACUGCCUGUCAGUACCUGAAGGUGAAUCAUGUUCCAAGGAAAAGUAUCAGAACAAAACAAAUAAUUAUCAACAUUCCUUUUGAAUCAUAUGCAUGUGGUUUCUCCCAAGAGUUUCCCUGUUGGAAACUAUUUUCAGUGCCCUCUAAUGAAGAGGUUGAGUUUUGUUAAGGUGCUAUGCUGUUCUGCUUGAGUCUAAGACUUGGAUAUUGAAUGUAUACAUUUACUAUGCCAAAUAUUUACUUCAAGAGAUGUUUUUAUAUGGUUUGUGUCUCAGAAUGGACGACAGACUAAUGAAGGUCAAUGAGAUAAACUAUUUUUAAUAUGCAGUAAUUGUAGUUUUGUAAGUUUUGAUACAAAAGUCUGUAAUGAUUUUAAAAUAGAAAUUAUUGUCAGUCAAUUAGUCAGUUUGUAUAUCCCCAGCAUGAUGGCCAUAACAAUAUCGUACAGAGAAGGACUUUUCAUCUCGCAUUCCAAUAAUUGUUGCUGCUGAAAACCUUUACACAAAGAAUUUAUGGGUAUUAAGGUAAUGCUAUUUCUAUAUCAGCAGUGAUUCAUUGUUUAUGGCUUGUUAGACUAAGUCUAGAUAUCUCAGCAUCCAGGAGGCAAAUCUAUCAAUUUUGUUCUCAGCUAUCACCUCACAUCAUAGGUAUGGUGCUAAGCAUUUCUCUGCUUACAGUAAGCCUGAGAGAUGUUGAAAUAACUUGGGAACUUGUGCCAGAUUGUAGUUGCUCAGCUCAUGGAAGAGGAAGAGCAACAGAUGCAGACUAACAGAAAAGUAUGGAAAGCAUUUGUCAAGAUCCAUACAACAUCCUUUACCUGAAGCAGCUCAGAUAAUGUUUGGAAAUUCUUUAGUUAUCAGUAAUAUAGAAAAGUACAGUAAUGUAGUGACAUUUAAGAAAACAACUCCUCAAGAAUAUUAGAUGCUUUCUUUAAUGUCACUGGAUCCAUCUACCUUUUUGAACACUUCUACUUUCUACAUUCUCCUUGAUAGCUGGCAACCUUCUUCGUGUUCUGAAAUUUCCACUGUAAACAGUGGUAUUUAGAAUUGACCAAAGAUAAUUAAUUCUUGCAAAUCCAACUCUUGAUUUAAACAUCAUCUGACCACUUGUCUCCAUGUUCCACAAAAGAUCAUAGAAUAAUUUUUUGACAAUUCCAAGUUCAUAUUCUGAACACAUCUUGAAGUGAAAAUGGAUAUUCACCCACAUCAACAGUUUUUACUGUACAAUAAAGACUGAGUAGCAUACUGGAAGGCAGGCUUUUUCAGUCUUGAUGAUUGUGAAAGAAGUACUACUCUUUCUUCUGCCUUUCUCUCUGCAGCGGCUACUAUGUCUUUCUUGUUUGUACUGCAAUGAUAGUGGACCAACUGGCCUGCUUGAAUGAUGUGGAAGAACCUCUUUGCUUGUAUUGUUAGUUGUAGAUGCUGCCUUUUCACCAAUUCACACGUACUGUUCCAUCUUCAGCAUCUAUUGUAACAACACAAGACAGAAAUACAUAUCCCAAAUUUUACUUCCUGGUUCAUGUAUCACUACCUUUCAGUGGAAGAGUUAUGCUUUAUGAUUGUAAAAUAAGUAACUGGUUAAAAUAAAUUGUUGCACUGGA